AUCCCCUCUUGUUUCCACCCUCAGCGCGCGCUGGGGCUUCAGCUCGUCCAACUUUCGCUGAAGCCGGACGCAGACGCACAGAGCGGCAGAGCAAAGUUGGAGAGGCUUCCUCCGCCCUCGCCUUCCGAGUCCCCCCUGAUAAAGUGAACGCCGCGGGUAGGACUCGAAAACAACAACAACAACAACAACAACAAACAUGAGGUCCGUUUCUGCUCUCUGGAGAACGAUCGGGAUGGUCGUGACGGUGGCGAUCCUGUCGGCGUGCAGAGCGUCGGAGUACGAGUACGUGACUUGGAAGGCGGAUUUUUCUUCGAGGCCCAUCUACGGCAAGUCCCCCCAGUGCGUGGGGAUCCCGGAGGACCUGCGGCUCUGCCACGGCGUGGGCUACGCCGAGAUGCUGCUGCCCAACCUGCUGGAGCACGAAACGAUGGGGGAGGUGAAGCAGCAGGCCAGCAGCUGGGUGCCGCUGGUGCACAAGAGGUGCCACCCGGGCACGCAGGUCUUCCUCUGCUCGCUCUUCGCACCCGUGUGCCUGGAUCGCACCAUCUACCCGUGCCGGAAGCUGUGCGAGGCGGUGCGGGACGGCUGCACCCCGAUCAUGGAGGCGUUCGGCUACCCGUGGCCGGAGAUGCUCAUCUGCGACAAGUUUCCCGAUCAUGACGUGUGCAUUACCAUGGCGCCCAACGUCACCGAGGCCCCCGAGACUACAGCUAUCAAGGCCAAGAUAAAGGAGGUGAAACGAGAAAACGCGGACCGCAAGGUGAUCCUGCAAAAAAGAAAGAAGUUGAUAAAACAGGGGAACCUGAAGAAGAAAGACCUAAAAAAGCUGGUGUUGUACUUGAAGAACGGCGCGGACUGCCCAUGCCAACAGCUGGACAACAUAGCGAACCAGUAUCUAAUCAUGGGCCGGAAGGUGGAUAAGCAGUACCUCCUCACAGGCAUCCACAAGUGGGACAAGUCCAACACGGAGUUCAAAAAGGCCAUGAAGACACUGAAAACCCACAAAUGUCCUGAAUUCACCAACGUCUUUAAAUAGUACACCCGCAGCCCCCGAAUCUGGUUGAAUUGCAUUCUACAUUUGAACUGGCAAAAGCACCGCCAAACUUUGCUUUCUGUUGUCCUGUUUAUAUUCCUACAUAUCUCUGUAUUUUUACACAUAUUCUUCAGCAUGUCCGCUGUUCGGUUUAGGAUAAACUCGGCGGUGAAUGACGACAAAAGGUGAGUUUAAUGUGAGCCCUUCAGGUCAAGGGGAAAGACUGCCGAGUCAGAGGGUGGGUUGGUUUUUCUGACCAAACGCUUGUAUUUCUAAGAGUUAGAUUAAUUCUGCUUACAAGUUUUCUACGGUAAAUAUAAAGUCAUGUCAGUUUUAUUUUGAUGUAUGUAGCUGAAAGUAGCAAACAUUAUAUCAUUGUUGCUAUGGAUAGGCCUUGCUAGCAUGUUCCUGCUUCAAUGUGCUAACGCCGGCUAACCCUGAAAAGAGGCAAGAAAACCUAUUCUUGAGUCUUGAGAACUUGUUGUUUUAACCUUUAUGUGUGUGCUUGAGCUUUGACAGUGACAAAAAGUAUGAGAUAUUGCUUCUGUAUGAUAAAUACAUGUCAAGCUGAGCGAGACACAGUUAGCAUUAAGGAAAUGCUUUUUGUUGGGUUUCAUGAUGCACAUUGCGAAGUCUGCUUUAGUAUCGGUUCAUGUGUUUUUCUGUGUGUUUAAAAUGCUAAAUCUGGCACAGUGUAUCUAAACUUGGUGUUUAUGUCUGUUCUGCUUUGACAUUUCUGGUCCACUUUAGCACAAUUUCUUUUUUCAUAUUUGAAUGUCAGUAUUGCUCAUUACGUAUACUGUACAUAUAUAAAUUUGACAUAAAAUAUGAAAAAAUAAAACAGUGUCACAAAGUAUUAA